AUGGCGUACCUUUUCCCUUCGCAAGUCGUUUCGAUUCGCCCAUUGAGAGCUGUGCGGCCUGAUGAUGGUCGCGAGUUGCCUCUUAGAAACUUGAAAAUUCCGCUCAAACAUCUCAAUCUACCUCCAUCGAAAGCGGCUCCCAGGGUUCGAACCCGUGACCACAGCCUGACAAUCAAGUGUGACGCUGGAAAACCCGUCAGACCAGCAGAUCUUUCAACGGCUGAGAUCGCAUUUGUGGAAAUCGAGCCGUCGCUGCCUAUUGAUACAGGGAUUGAGACGCGUAAAUUGGGGGAAGAGGAGGGGGAGAGCAAUGGCGGCAAAGGGGAGAGCAACGUGAGGCCAGUGAGGGGCGAAGAGCCGGGGGAUAGGGGGAGUGGGGAUAGGGGGAGCGGGGAUAAGAGGAGCGGAAGGAGAGCAGAGAAAACGAGCAGAGGGGGGGAAAGUUGCGAAGAAGAGGAGGCAGUGGCAAUUAUUGCGAGAGUGCUAAGAGGGAAAUUUGGGCCUCAGAUUGUUCGAGAGGAGGAUGGAGGCGGAAGCAGAGAGGGCGGAAAGGAGAUUAAGGAGGGAGGGGAGGAAAAAGAGGUAGAGGAGGCCGAGAGAGUGAAAGAGGAGGAAGGGGUACCGGUCUGUGAAAUGGAGGACGGCGAGGGGAGAGAGGACGACAUAAAAGCAGAAUUCAGCGAGGAGGAAUUACCAGGUAGCACGUCUUUCUUCACACCUGCAAUGCCACUCAAGGGAGCACGUGCAACCUCUCCCUCCUCCCUCCUCUCCCUCUACCGCUUCUUCUCCUCCCACCUCGGCAUCUCCUCCCCUUCCACGGUCGCUUCCCUCCUCGCCUCCCACCCUGCCCUCCUGCGUUCCGAUCCGGCCAGUGACCUGCUGCCACGUGUCCGGCUAUUGCAGUCGUAUGGCAUAUCCCAGGCCACCAUUGUCCACGUCACCAUCACGAAUGCGUCUUGGCUCCGAAGCUCCCUUCCGCAAAUUCAGGGGACGAUUGAGUUUAUUCUGGCUCGGGGCGUGCGCCGAAGCAAGCUAGGCAUGGUGAUCCGGGGUUCGCCGUACCUCAUCCGCUCGCAUGCUCGUUCAACGAACCUGGACAUUUUGGUGGAGGCAGCAGGGAUUCCUGAGGAGAAGCUGGGUGUGAUUAUAGAGAGAUGCCCAAAUAUCUUAUGUCGAAGUGAAGAAUCCAUACAGGAUCAAAUCAAGCUGCUGUCAGACUACUUGUCAGAUGGAUUCGAAGAGAAGGGGACAGAAGAGGAUACCAGCAGCAGCACAGGACACCUGAAGCAGCACCUGAAAAAACACAAGAAUCGGCAACGUCUGGACAAAAAGAUCCUCCUGACGAGGCUUCUCCUGAACUACCCACGAAUCCUCCUCUCUUCUUCUGAUCGCAUCUCAGCCAAUCUCAGCCUUCUCCAGUCCUUCACUCCCCCUGAUAGCCCCUCCAUUGCCAUCCCUGUUCUCCGCCACGCUCCUUCCAUCCUAAACCUCGGUUCGGAGAAUCUUUUAGCUAAGCUCCAGUUCUUUGUGGAGCUGGUCGGGAAAAAGGCAGCAGGGAGGGUGGUUAGUAGUCAUCCGCUGGUUUUGACUCUGUCUAAGGAGAAUUUGGAGGGUAAGGUGGCGGUUCUGAGCGGUUUAAUUGGCCCGGAGAAUGCUGCGCUCGCAGUGGCGCGAUUCCCACUGCUGCUGACUUCUGGGGAAGAGACCAUGAAGCAGAACUAUGCAGAGCUUUUGAGGGAGUUUCAGGAGGCGUUGGAAGGGGGAGGAGGGGAUGAGGGUGGGAUUGAGGGACUGGAGGCAGGUGGGAUUGGUGAAGCGAAGGAGGGGGAUGGAGAGUAUAGGUCUCAAAAUGGAAAACAAGAAGGUAUAUCCGGUGUGGGUGAAGGUUCUGUGAAUGGAGUGGAGGAGUUAGCACGUAAGCUGGUGAUAAAUCUGGCUGUGAAGUCCCCGCAAUGCGUUUACUACAGCUGGGAUGGGAACAUGAGGCACAAGGUGGAGUACUUGAAGCGGGAAAUGGGGCUCUCUAUAAUGGAGGUGCUUGCCUUCCCUCCAUUCCUGGGGUUUAACCUGGAUCGGCGAAUCAAGACGCGACAUGCGGCGCUGCUGCAGUUGGGCUACGACGUUGUGUCCAAUAAGACUGUGGCUCUUCAGAAGCUCAGCAGCAAUCGGAAAGGGGCUGCGGACAAAGAUGAGGAGAGGGGAAACCGAGAUGAGGACGUGGACGGGAAAUUGAAGAAGGGUUUGGCAGAUGUGGGGAAUGGGGAAGAUGAGUGGCAAGAAGAGGAGGCUGAUGAGGAGAGUAAUGAGCUUCUGGUGAGACCGCAUGAAGACACGGAAAGCGCGAACGUGCGAUUCUAUCCGCCCUUCGAUGGCAAGCCAGUACCAGCGGUUGGGACGGAGACUCGGAUGCGUACAGAUGGAAGAGAGGAGGGAGAGAGUGAGGGAGGAGAGUCAGAGAAGAGUGAGAGUGGAGUGGGAAGAGGGGAGGUGUACGGCAGAGGAGAGCGUACGAGACGCAUUCUCCGAACCAAGCUAGGUGCGGUGCUUCGAAAGUCUCCAUAUCUCAUCGGCGCACGAGCUCGUUCAACUAACCUGGACAUAUUGGUGGAGAGAGCAGGGGUUCCUGUGGACAAGCUGCCUCUCCAGUACUUCGUGGGAGUGGUGGGAAAGAAGGCAGCAGGGAGCGUGGUGCGCAGCUACUCGUCGAUUCUUAUUCUAUCGGUAGAGAACAUGCGGGGCAAGGUGGCAUUGCUGGGCGAUCUGAUUGGUCGAGAGAACGCCGUGCUUGCUGUGGCUAGAGUAGGAGUGGUUCACGAGGCGGAGAGCGCGACUCUGCGAUUCGAACCGAGCUUCGACGACGAGCCAGUACUGCCGGUUGGGACGGAGGCUCGGUUGCGUGCAGAAGGAAGAGAUGAGGGAGAAAGUGAGGGAGGAAAAUCAGAGAAGAGCGGGAGUAGAUUGACAAGAGCAAGGGAAGUGGAGGACAAGGUUGCGGGAGGCGGGUGGACUGGAGAGAGGGGAGGAUGCAAGGAGACAGAGGAGGAGGAAAAGGCAGUGGCUAUGAUUGCCGGAGUGUUAAGAGAGAAAUUCGGGCCCCAGAUUGUGACAGAGGAGGAGUACGAGGGGUCUACAAACGAAAGGAUUACGGACCAGGAGGAGGCCAAGGGACGACAGGGAGAGGAAGAGGUGGGGUAUGGGGGUGGGGAAAGAGGGGGCGUGGAAGCUGAGAGCGAAGAGGAUGAGGAAUGGAAGGAGGGGGAAGACGCAGAACCAGAAGCAGAAUUGGAAGCAGAAGCAGAAGAAAGUGAGGAGGACGCACCACCCACCACGUGUCCUCCCAAACGGCCUCCUCCUCCAUACUAUGGCCCGCGGGUCGUAUCUCUCUCCUCCCUCCUCUCCCUCUACCGCUUCUUCUCCUCCCACCUCGGCAUCUCCUCCCCUUCCACUGUCGCUUCCCUCCUAGCCUCUCACCCUGCCCUCCUGCGUUCCGAUCCCACCAGUGACCUGCUGCCACGUGUCCACCUCCUCCAGUCGUAUGGCGUAUCCCGUCCCGACAUCUCAGCCAUCACCAUGAGAAAAUCUUCCUGGCUCCGACUCUCCCUUUCCCACCUUCAGGAAAUGCUCGACUUCCUAUUGGCUCGGGGUGUACGCCGUACGAGGCUAGGAUCGGUGCUCCGAAAAUCUCGAAAUCUCAUUAGCGUGCGGGCUCGUUCAACGAACCUGGAAUUUUUGGUGGAGAGAGGGGGGGUUCCUGUGGACAAGCUGGGUUUGAUUAUAGACAGAGCCCCAGAUAUUCUAUCCGCGAGGGAGGAGACCAUACAUAGUCGCCUCGAGCAAAUAUCAGCGUUUUUUACCACUGGAUCCGGAGAAGGAAACGUCAACAGUGGGCACCUGAGGAAACACCUGAAUGGGCAGCACGAGGACAAGAAUCACCUGAGCAGACUCCUGGUGCACUAUCCAGGAAUCCUCCUCAGGUCUUCCGAACGCAUUGGCAGCAUCCUCCGCCUCCUCCAGUCAUUCUCUCCCCCUGACAGUCCCUCCAUUUCCCUCUCCAUUCUCCGCCGUGCCCCCACUCUCGUCCACCACAGCUCGCAAAAUCUCUUAGCUAAGCUCCAGGGUUUAGAGAAGCUGCUGGGGAAGAAGACAGUAGGGAUUGUGGUGAGAAGCCACCCUUCAGUUUUGAAUCUAUCUUUCGAGAACUUGCAAGGCAAGGUGGCGUUGUUGGGCGAUUUGAUUGGUCAGGGGAAUGCCGAGCUUGCAGUGGCACGGCAUCCUUUAAUUCUGACGUCUAGCGAGGAAAAUUUCAGAAGGAAUUUCAGAGAGCUUGUGCGAGAAGUGGAAGAGGCAUUGGAGAGCGGUGGGGAAGCAGGAAGUGGAACGCAAAGGCUGGGGGAAGGGGCAUUGAAGCAUGAUGCAAGAGAAUAUGCGGAGCAAGGGGGGAGCGGUGCUGAAAUCCCAGCUAAGACUACGAGCUGGGCUGAAGCAAGCGCAACCGCACGGGCAGGAGAAAGACGAGGCUUCAAGAGCAUUGCUGGUGCCACCACAGCUUGUGAGCUUGUAGCAAAUCUGGUGGUUAAGUUCCCGAAUUCUAUCUGCUUCAGUUGGGAGAGGAUCACAAGUCAUAAGGUGGAAUACCUAAAGCGGGACAUGGGGCUCCCUAUAACGGAGGUCAUUAAGUUCCCUUUCUUCCUUGGGUACAGCUUGGAUCGGCGAAUCAGGCCGCGACAUGUGGCGCUGCUGAGCAAGGGCUAUGUGUUCGUGCCGCAUGAGGUGGCUCUUCCAGUAAAGGGCGGAGAGAGGGCAGAAUAUAAGGCACUGGAGGAUGGGGAGGAUGAGGGUGAGAAAGCUGAGUAUGGGGUGGGGAAGCAUGAGCGUGGAACUGCAAUGGAUCCUACCCAAGACAACUCUGUUGCGUUGGGGAAGAGAGGUGUGAGUUGGCAGCAGGAAAGGAAGGCAGUAUGCUUGGGUCAGUUGCUUCUAUGCUCCGACCACAUAUUCGAAAGGCGGUUUGAUGUUGAGCUCGCACCGUUUUUGCCGUGA